AAUAUUGUUGUCAUCAAAGCUGUCAUUAGUGUAUGGAUAGAAGUGAAUAUUCAUUUAUUUUAAUUCUUUGUUUUAUAUAUUGACUGAAAUCAGAGAUGGAUAGGCGAUUUCUGUCUUCAAUUCAAUAAAAUGAAUAUUGAGAUCGAUUUACUAAAGAGCAAUUGUGAAUAGUAGAACUGAUAAGUCGGGAAAAAUUUAAACAAAUAAUUUUUAUGCUCCAACAUCGUUACGGUAAAAAUAGCAAUAUGUACGAUAUUCCGCUGGGUGUCUGGGCGGUACAAAAGCUAAGUUUGGCAUGCUGUCCACGCUUACAAUUGCGUAAAGAUUUUAUCUUUAAGGUAUCAACCAUCAUUCUGACCUAUUUGGCAUAUGCUGCUUAUCAUAUGUCCAGAAAACCAAUAUCCGUCGUAAAAUCAGUAUUGCAUGAAAACUGCACAAAUCCAAGCAAUUCCACAGAUAAUGACUGCGGCUAUCCACCUUUUGAUGUACCUGAUGCAUCCACAUUGUUUGGCACAUUAGACUCAGCAUUUCUUGUCACCUAUGCCAUAUCGAUGUUUCUUUCCGGCAUAGUUGCAGAACGUGUAUCUCUCCGUUAUUAUUUAAGUUUGGGCAUGCUAUUUUCUGGACUAUUCACUCUCCUUUUUGGUGCAGCCAAAUCGUGGAAUAUACAUAAUAUGUGGUAUUUCGUUCUUGUUCAGGUAUUGGGUGGCAUAGUUCAAACAACCGGUUGGCCAGGCGUAGUAACAUUGAUGGCACGUUGGUUUGGUAGGUCGAAACGGGGCCUUAUAUUCGGUAUUUGGAAUAGCCACACAUCAGUUGGUAACAUUCUCGGUACUUUGAUAGCUGCACACUUUGUUGAAAGUAAUUGGAUGUUAUCAUUCGCCGUGCCUGGCGCCAUUAUGGCGGCAUUGGGCUUCGUAAUGUUUUUAUUCAUUGUUGAUGAUCCAGAAAUCGUUGGUUUGCCUUCAACACGAACGCAUUUGGCAGUGAAUCAUAGCAAUGCUUACGAUGAUGACGAACGGAUAUCAAAUGUAGCCAGUUUUGAAGCGAACCGUGGCUUUCAUGGCUAUACAGACGAUUAUACUGAAAUAAACCAUCGUGCAUCUGAGCGUACUCCGAUAUUACCUCGUAGCAGAUCACCAGCAGUUGCACAAACUGAACGCAAUGCAGUUGGCAUUCUUCAAGCUCUAUUGAUUCCUGGCGUUGUGGAGUUCUCCUUGUGUUUAUUCUUUGCCAAACUUGUCAGUUAUACGUUCCUCUAUUGGCUUCCAUUAUACAUACAGUCAUCCACUACAUUAAGUCCCAGUGUUGCAGCUGACCUUUCCACACUCUUCGAUAUUGGCGGAAUAUUUGGAGCUAUUGCAGCAGGAACAGUAUCUGACUAUUCUGGUAUGCCAGCCACGACUUGCUUUGUUUUGUUAAUUUGUUCGGCGCCAUUGCUAUUUAUGUAUGUGCACUUUGGGGGCUUAUCGAUAGUCAUCAAUAUCAUAUUACUUUUACUAGCUGGUUUUAUGGUAAAUGGACCAUAUGCUUUGAUUACGACAUUUGUAAGUGCCGAACUGGGGCAACAUCAAUCGUUGUCGCAUAAUUCCAAGGCCUUAGCUACAGUAACCGCAAUUAUCGAUGGCACCGGAUCAAUUGGAGCUGCUGUGGGUCCCUUCAUUGCCGGUUUAGUGUCACAAAGCGGUUGGGAGAAUGUGUUUAACAUGCUGAUUUGUGCCGAUAUAUUGGCUAUGGUUUUAAUAUCUCGUCAAGUGAUUAAAGAGCUCCUCAGGCUACGUCGCAGAAACCGUAUACGUAUAGAGUAAGACCUUGAAUAAUGCAGAUAUUAAAUUUAUUAUAUUUAUAAAAUAAGCUAUGUAUAAUGUAUAUAAAUAAUCCUUAUCGCUGAUAUUGUAUUUUAUUAAACGCUAUUAUUAAAUACGACCAAUAAAGUCUCGAUAUAAAAUAUAAAUAAGUUAAA